UUGAAGGUUUCACUGUUUUUCAUGAGCAUGGCUCCUGUCUGGAUUUUAAUUUUCUUUCUUUGCAAAAUGUACUCAUCACAAGCUGUAGAUUUUGAUGAACCGGUCUCACUGAUCUCUGCUGAUCUUGGUCAUGCUGUGACUCUUCAUUGCACACUGGGAGUAAAGUCCAGUAAGGAUCUUAUACUGUGGUACAAGCAAAAACCGGGAGGGAUCCCUCAGGGGAUCGGGAUGAUCGGAGUGUCGAUAGGGGAUAUAAUUUUACCGCCGUUCGAUAAGACAGUUUUUCAACUCACCAAAACUGGAAACAUAACAUCUUUGAAUAUUCUACAUGUUACCAAAGACGAUGAAGCGAUGUAUAUCUGUGGAUCUUCUCUAGUGAAUGUUAUUGAGUUUUCCAGUGGAAUCUUUUUAUCUGUUAGAGAUAAACCACAUCUGGGCGUCUCGGUGUGGCAGAGCGGCAUGUUGGACUCGGUUCCUGCAGGAGCCUCAGUGACUCUGCAGUGCUCCGUUCUCUCUGAGAGCAGAGCAGCAGAACUCCAAGUGCUCUGGUUCAGAGCUGCUCCACCACAAUCCCAUCCUCAAAUCAUUUACACUCAUCACAACAGCAGCCGUCAGUGUGAGAGCGGCUCUUCUACACACACCUGUGUGUACAACUUCUCCAAGAACAUCCUCAGCCUCAAUGAUACUGGAACUUACUACUGCGCUGUGCUCCUGUGUGGGAAGAUCAUCUUCGGGAACGGGACACGAAUACAGAUGGCGCAGUCGGUAAAUUCUUUACUGAUUGUUCUGGCAACAACUUCUGGAGUGUGUGGGAUUCUGAUCGCUGCUCAGACCGUUUUCAUCUGCAGAAAGACGCGUUAUAAAAGCCGCAGUGAGAGACUUCGUCAAGGUACCGAGAUAGAAAGAGCAACUGAUCUGGGCCAUGACAUGGACUACACAACUUUACAUUUUAAUAAGAAGACCAAACACAAGAGGAGGAAGCGUGAAGAACCUGAAAACAUCCUGUACUCUGAAGUCAGAAAUCUCAGUCACUGAAUAACUCAGAAGUUCUCACAUUUCUGCUAAUUAAUCGAUUUUGAAAUUUGCUUGAAGCAAAAUGUGGAUGAAAUAAGCACUAAAUCCAUCCUGGGUGGCAUCUGUACAGAAGGUUCAGAAGGACUACAAAAAUGACACUAAAGCAACAGUCAGAAUGUCGGGAACAUUUAUGAGAAUCUCUCCUGUUCUUAUAACUCGUUACUUGUGCCGUGAUGUUGAGGUGAGAAGAAUCAGAAUGUAAUAUGACCUACAACGGGAUCAUCAUCAUCAUGCAGCAAAACCUUCGUGUCUCGUACAUUCAGUAAGAUCUCAGAAAACCAGGAAGUUUCCAGAUCCCAAAAAUAAACAUGAAGAUACGGGAAAAUCGCCACCAUGCCAUGUGUGAAGAGUUUUAAAAGUGAUUUUAUUUCAUAUUUUAUUUUAAUGUCGUUUGAAUCGAAUGAAAAAAUUAUCAACUUUUAAUUAUUUCUGCCAAAUUUUUGUAAGUGUUAUAAAUCUUCAGUUGAUUCAGUUUUGAUGAGGGUGCCGUUCAUUCUGGCUGAUAAUUAGGUCCAGGUUAUUUCAGUAAUCGAAUCGUUUCCCUGUUCUCUCUUGUACACUUUGCUUCUGAAGUUUUAACAGCAACUGCUCUGUAAUUAAAUACAGAAAAGCUCCAUUAUUUUGUGCUCUGCUACAUCACAGCUCCAAGGUUCUGGUUUAAUCCUGAUCUUGUCUUACUGUCUGUCUGGAGUUGCUCAUCUUCGGCCUGCCUUGAUCCCGCCUCCACCUUUAUGACAUCAUCACUAGUCUCUUAUUUAAAGAGGAAGAAGGGAAACAAGGUGGGAGGUGGUAGAAGUGGUUUGUUUGUAGUAGUGUGAAGGUCCGACUAUGAGCUUGGUUUCCACUUUAAACUUGCUCGCUGUGUGUUUAGUCUUUGUAUAUAUUGAUCACUGUACAUACUGUUCACUGGCACAGUGUGUGUGACUGCCCUUUUCUUUGGGAAGGGGUUCUUUUUUCCCCUGUUCAGUGUACGGAGUUAUGUAAGCCACGAUGUAUUUUGAGAUGAACAAAUGGUGCUCGCAAACAAAGGAAUCUUCUUGUGACAAUUAAGAUCUUUAAAGAGGACUUUAGGCUUCUAAAAAUGUGGAUCUCUAAAAGCUGGACAUAAAAAAAAUCAAAACAAUCUUAGUCGUUAAUUUUCAAUGUUGUCAUAUCUUGUAUUGAAUUCUCAAAUAUCCCUUCAUACAUUUUAUCCCCCUCUUUUCACUCA